CCUUCUAUUAAUGUAUAAUUUACGUUAAGACAUUAAGACUUCAUUAUUUACAUAAGACCAUAUCUCUGUGUUGCAUUCGUUAAAACGACUUUUGAGAAGUAACAUAUUCGUAUCCAGUAUUUUUCACCCCUUAAAUUUGGCUUAAUAUGACUUUAUGAGGCUUACAUUUCCUCUGAAGUAAUUGGGAGAAGAAACGCCAUACAAAGAAUGCCAGGAUAGACAAAACUACAAUUACUGAUUGGCAAAAUGCCGAUCACAAAGAUUCCAAUCGUUCACAAGUUUGGGAUUAUUUCCCAUACUCAACGUCUGGAACUUCAGGAGCGUUUGCUGAAGCAAUCAUAUGUCCAAACUUUGAAAAGCCAAAAGGUUCAGGUUCCUACUAGAAACCCCUUAGAAGUGUCGGAAGACUUUGUACAGGAGUAUAACAAUGCCAAGUUUUAUGACGAGAAUAUACGGUCAGCAAGAGGUACCGGGGAACAAGAGGAACCCAAGGUUAACAAGAUGAUUGAGAAAGCUGAACAACUGGAGCAAACAGCACAGAAAAUGUUAGAAAGAGCCAAGCGGCGGGCUGGUUUACGUGAUGGAGGGACAGGAAAACAUGUCAAUCUUCCAAUGGCAUGGACAGACCUUGCGCAACUGGCUCAGUGCAGAGGCAAAAUUCAGGAAGAAUGUCUGGAUGUGUUGACCAUCUCACUAGACCAGUCUCCCUUUGACAAGCACCACAUCCCUGCGCUGUUCUACCUGGCGGAGACCAUGCUGUACUGGCUGAGAACGGAGGCUGUACACCAGCCAUACCUGCGAACUGGAGAAAUCAAACUCCUCAAGAUGGGCCAGCUGGUGUUCUCGCGACUGUUUUACUACCACAUGGCAGGUCAGCUAGCCGGUCACACUGAGUUCAAGAACAGACUGUUCACUUAUCUCGACGGGCUGCAGGAAUGCCAAGAGGCGUACAGUCCCUACCCGAACGCCCUUCUGUCCAUCCGGUUCAUCAUCAACGUGGGCAAGAUCAUCAUGUCGGACGCUCAGUUGGAGCCCGGGGAGAUCAAGGAGGGGGACAAUGUCACCAAGUCUGCGCUCAGCAGGCCCAGUGCUAAAAGCGCUUCCACCGCCCUACGUACCCAACACUCCAAGGACCACUCGUCGCACAGUGUGGCCCUGAGUAGCAGCAUCCAUGACCUCAGCCCGACCCUGUGGCACGCCCUGGAUGUGUGGAGAUGCACCAAUCAUCUCAGUGGUGGCCUCAAAGAGGCACUCAAUGCGCUCAGUCAUUGUGGGAUGGGUCUCGUCAAUGAGUCAUGGGUGGACAGCAUGGUGGCGCUACAGAUCCUGGCCGAGGCGUCCAAGUCCAGUCUGAUGGCAAUGCGAGCCCUGCAUAGUCUGGCCUGCGGUAACAGACCCCAGGAGGAGGUCCAGACCUCGCAAGAAACCAGUCGAUCUGAAAGCUCGGAACAACCAUUAAAGAAGAGUUUACCUGAGAGUUACAGCAUGGAGAGUGAGGAGACAACGCCUGAGCAGCGGGUCGCCAGCACCCACAGUGUGGCCAGCUCCAAACCGCUUAGUGAUAUCUAUGAACGGGACGAGGAAAGCGAUUCAGACAAGCAAAAGCUCUCUGCCUCAUCCAAUGCUAAGCGUGAUGAUAGUGAGGGCAGCUCAAAAAAGACAACUGAUACAGAGGCCUCUCCUGAAUCUCACUCAGCAGGGAAACAGGAAAAUGGGACAGAAAAGGAAGCUAAUGACCCUGGUUACCUGCAAAAACGAGAGGUGUCAUUUGAUGCACCUAAAGUUGAUGCCGCUAAAGACCCAAAGGAGAAGAUGUCCCCUGUGAGGAGGGUCACACCCAAGUCUACACCUGGACGGGCCCGUACCCAGGGUUCCCGCACCACAGUGGGAACUGGGGAGAGUAUGUUUCCUCCAGGGACAGGCUACCAGGCAGAGGCAGGCACCACCCUCCCCAGUGGAAGGGCUUCUGAGGCCAGCACAGUACAGACCUACACUAACACCGUGAAUCCGGAGCUGCCCGGUAUUAAUGGUUGGCACUGGGAAGUAGCCAUUACAUACACAGACAUCCUUGCCGACAUAUGUCUCCAUGGCAACAAUGCGGAGAUACAGAAGAUGGCCCUGAUGGGCAUGAACCAAGAUAUAGCAGACCCAUUCAAGCGCGGCUGGUCAAUGGUCCCUCUGCACAGCGCAGGCUUACUGGACUUAGCAUUCUUCAGGGCAAUGACCGAGUCCAAAGAUGGCGGUCCCAAUGACUGGAGCUGGCGAAUCCGGUACGGAGCAGUUCAGUCAAUGGUAAAGAUUUGUCGGUGCCUGGCGAGCGACAAGAACCGGGAGGGUAUACGCAACGCAACAUGGAAUGUGCUGCUGCGUGCACAUUCCCUGGAAAAAGACGAGCGAGUUCUGGAGGCUCUGAAAGUUGGACAGGUACACACAGAUUUAGAAGGGUUCCUAAACAAGCACUUGCAGAAUAGCCCUUUCACCCUUGGCUCAAAGAUCGCAGGUGGCCUAGCGAACAUCUACCUGCCUCCUCUCCCUCCCCCUGUGGACCCCUACUCCCCACCCCGGCGCAAGGAGGCCACGCCCUCUCCUGUCAAGGGCACCACAGCCUCCCAGGAGUCCACCAUCCAGGCACCUAGGCAGCCACAUGUGAAGGCCAGAACCUCCCUUAAGGAAGAGAUAAUGCUUGCCUCGGCCCUGUAUGAGCCUCCUGUCACGUUUAACACGAGGACAAGCUUCGAUCUCCGACGAAUUGUGGAGGAUCAGUGGCGUAAAGAACUGCAGGCUCAGAUGGAGGAGGACGAAAAAGAGCGGCAAAAGGAGUUGAAGCAACGUCUGGAGGCAGUAGAGAUCUCACAGAGAAAUGCGGAGGAAACGAGGCGAGAAAAGUUUGCAAAAUCUUACAGGAAAAUGGACAAAAUGGACAAGUGAAGGGGUGUGAUAGCAUUUACUGUUGCUGUGAUAAUACGCUACAAAUUUGUUUUUUAUUAUUUGAACAUAAAAAUAAUUUUAGUGCAAAUUAAUGGUCAACAUCAUUUAUAAAUGAAGAAUGAAAUAUAAUUGAUGUCUGAACUUUGUUGCAAGAUUUCACAACAAAUGUUUCUUCCAAAAUUGUUAGGCAAAUUAAGGCAAGCAUUAUACAAUGUACAUAGCUGUUUGAAUAUGAGUAUUUAAUUUGUGAUUUGUAUUUUAGAGACUAAUUCUGAUCUAUUAUUAAAUACUGGUAAGUUUUUUGUAUUGUUUAGCAUUUUCGUCAUUUUACAAUAAACAAAUUUUUGCAUUUGCUUGAUAAUUUGUUUAUGAUAAAUUUCAUGAUGAAAGUCUAAAUAUAUAGUUAUUUAAUAUACAAUAUUUAAAGAUGUUUAAGGCGUGAUAAUUUUUCUUUUUUGUACAUUGUAUUUGUUGCUAUAUUUAUGUUAAUGUGAAAUUAUACUUUUACAAGGUAUGCUACUGUGUUAUUACUUUAUAUAUAUAAAUUACAUAAAAUUUGA